AUGUCAACCCCCGUGGAGGAGAUUCCAGCUCCCAAAUAUCCCGAAGAGAAGAAGAAAGACAAGACCGGCGAACCCCAAGUUUCUGAUGAUGGCACCUACGUCAACGAGUCCAAUGAUGGCUAUGGAAACCAUCUUCGAGUGAACACCGCCCACGAUGAUCUAGAUAGAACGGCAUUGCGGUCCCCUUCGGCCUCCAGGGAGCAAGCCAUGCGCCUCGAAGACGAUCUUGCGGUUCUUGAAGCAGAGCGUGUGGCUUCUCGCUCGACCCGGGAAGAGAAUGACAAGGAGAACGGAGGAGAGGAUGCAGGAGACAACCACUCUAUCUCUCGAACUCGUUCGCGUCGCUCCCAAAACGUGGAUGAAUUCGACGAGGCAACCAACCCACUGCACGAGAAAGCCGCCGUCUACAACCCGCCGGAAAACCCCAACACCAGCUUUGCCAAAUUCAUCAAAAAACUCCACGAGUCUAGCUUUAUCGUUCGGUACCUCACGUAUAUUGUGCCUCUCGUCGUCAUCCUGCUCAUUCCUUUGUUGGUCGGUGCUUUGGCUUUUCCCGAUGCCAACGUGGGAGGCGUUCAGCUGCUCUGGUUCUCGGUCUGGCUAGAAAUCGUCUGGUUGACACUGUGGGCCGGAAGAAUUGUGGCCAAACUACUCCCUAUCCCCGUGGGAAUUCUUGCUAGUGUUUUCACCAACAAUGCGAAGAAAUGGCGCGAUGUGGCCAAGCAAUUGGAGCUUCACGCCACUCUUUUCUUCUGGUGGCUGGGGGUGGAAAUUUCUUUCCUACCCACCAUGAAAAGCCAUCACGUUGAUGGCAGCAAGCGCACUCGAAGCUGGGAGAAAACCGUCAACACCAUCAUCAUUGCCAUCUUCGUUUUCGUCAUUCUCAACCUCAUCGAAAAAUUCAUCAUCCAGUUGAUUGCCAUCAGUUUCCACACCCGGACCUACGCCGAUCGCAUUGAGAUCAACAAGUUCCAGAUUGGUAGCUUGACCAAACUGUACGACUUCUCUCGGAACAAGCUUGCCGACGAUGAGGAUUAUCAAGAGGGACAGGAGAAGGAAAACACCGGAACCAAGACUCCUUUGCACUAUGCAGGAAAGGCCCAGCGGGUCGCCAAGGGUGCUCUGAACAAGGUUGGCGACGUGGCAGGCGCAGUGGCGGCGGAUUUCACCGGCCGGAAAGCCACCAACAGCACGCACCCCUAUCAGGUCGUUUUGACCCUUCUGCGCACCACAACCGGUUGCCAAGUCCUUGCGCGCCGCCUGUACCGCACGUUCGUGCGCAACGGUUUCGAUACGGUUUUCUCGGGUGAUUUGAAGGAGGCUUUCGACAACAAUGACGAGGCGGAUGCCGCGUUCAUCAUGUUCGACAAGGAUAUGAACGGUGACAUCUCCAUGGAUGAGCUGGAGGCCGUCUGCGUUGAAAUUGGACGUGAGCGCAAGUCCAUCACUGCGUCCCUGAAGGAUCUUGACUCCGUGGUGUCGAGGCUGGAUAAUGUCUUCGAGUUCUUCGUGGUCGUGAUUGCCAUUAUCGUUUUCCUUUCCCUCAUCUCGACCUCCGCCGCCGGUGUGCUUACAUCCGCCGGUUCCACCGUCCUCGCCUUGUCCUGGCUUUUCUCUGCCACUGCGCAGGAAUUCCUUCAGUCGGUCAUCUUCGUUUUCGUCAAGCACCCAUUCGAUGUCGGCGAUCGUGUCACGAUUUACGGUAACGCCGGUGAUGCCGGUCUGGGUGACGACUACUUUGUCAAGCAAAUCUCGCUACUCUACACUGAGUUUAAGAAGAUGCAGGGUCACAUCGUCCAGGCACCCAACAGUUACCUCAACGGCCUUUUUAUUCUCAACCAGCGCCGAUCCGGAGCCCUCGCCGAGGCAAUCCCCAUCGUCAUCAAGUACGGCACGACCCUCGAGCAGAUCGAUGCUCUCCGCCAGCGCCUUCUCGAAUUUGUCCGAAGUGAACGUCGCGAGUUCCAAACCAACAUCCUUACUGAGAUGCGUCAAGUGACCGAGAACUUCUCCGUGACCCUCAACGUCGUCUUCUUCUACAAAUCCAACUGGCAGAACGAAGGUCUCCGUCUGCAGCGCCGCAACAAGUUCAUCUGCAUGCUCAUGAUCGCCUUGCAGGAGAUUGGCAUCGAGGGCCCUCGCAUGAACCUCCAGGGUGCGCGGGUCGACAUUCCGCUCCAUGUCACCGGUAUGGGCAAUCAGCUGGGUUCCAGCAACGACAGCCGUCCUCCGCCUACGCCCCUGAGCGAGCGAGGCGACGUGGGCGACAACUCCAGCUUCACCUCCGGCGCCCUCCGCCACCCGUCAAUCCUCCGGAAAGGUGCAGCCACCGCCGCUGCCCGAGCCCGUGGCGACACCAUGCAAUCCCGCAAGCACGUCGACUUCUCGCUGGGUAUGCGCGAUGUCUCCUCCGGCGAUGUGAUGGGUGACGUCUUCGAAGACCGCACCCAACGAGUCGACGACGUUGUCCGUUUCGCCAACCGUGAGAAUGCCGAACGUCGCAUCCAGGAAGAAGAGGAAGAAGAGGCCGAGCGUCGAAGCCGUACCUCUUCGUCUCGCUCCAGACCUCGUGGCAACUCCAAUCUCAGCGUUCCCUCCAACCACGAAGGCCGCCGGUCGACCGAAUCGCAGGGCGGACACAGCAUCGCUUCCUCGAUCAGCCGCAACCGCUUCUUCCGCCACCGCAACAGUCUCAACAGCCGCGAGCACGAAGAUCUCGCCGAGCAGGGACGCUUCGAGCAAAACGACGCGCUGACUCAAAUCCGCACGGCCUCGCCCUCCGGCAGAAGCCGUCAUUCGGAACAACAGCCACGGUAG